CGUACAUUAAUUUAAAUUCUAUUCGUACAUCAUUUUACGCCAUGAAAAUUAUUUAAUCUUCCUUUGCCCCGCCAAUUUCAUAACCAUCUCAGUUGCAAAAAGUGAAAGGACAUUCAUCCAAGUUGGACUUUUAGAAAAAUAUAACCUAUUUUGGAAAGAUAGCCUUAAAAACUAUAUGGAGUUUUCUCGGGUACAUAAAUAUCGCCUUUUAUUCAAAGUGAAGGUAUGCUCACAAUUCAAUUUGGGCAAUGUGGAAAUCAAAUAGGACACUCGUUAUUUCAACACGUAUCUAAUGAUCUAGAUAGUACAGAUACAGGUAUUUCGAAGCAAGCAAACAGUGCAUACAUCGAAGAGAGUUUUGAAAACUGGUUUACAAGUUUAAACAAAGAUGGAAAACGUUUAGCAAGGGCAAUUUUAGUCGAUACCGAACAUAAGGUUGUUAAUAAAGUAUGUAGCAAAUCAUCAAAUUGUUGGACUUAUCGUUCGCAAAAUUUAAUUUGUCAAGCUGGAGGUGGUUCUGCUAACAAUUGGGCCUAUGGUUCAUUAAUUAAAGGACCUCAGCUUAAAGAUGAAAUUUUAGAUAUAACAAGAAGAGAAAUAGAAAAAACCGAUUGUUUUAAUGGGAUCUUGCUAUUACUUAGUUCGGCUGGUGGAACAGGAUCAGGAGUCGGUAGCUUUACCGCUGAAUUAUUACGCAAUGAGUUCCCAAAUAAAAGUAUUGUAGCCUCGAUUGUAUUACCGUAUGCAUCUGGUGAAAUUAGCGUUCAAAAUUAUAAUACCAUGCUAACGCUAGCAAGAUUUACCGAAUCAAUAGAUUUGAAUCUUUUGAUUCAAAAUGAGCAAAUUCAUACAAUAUGUACUAAUAUCUUGAAAAAUGUUGAAACAAAAUUAAUUAAUAUUAAUGACGUUAUAUCGAAGAAAUUAUGUUCCCUCUUCCAACCUGUGCACCAAUCUUGGUGUGGCGUUAAUUUUUUAACUUCGACUAUCGCCUGUCAUCCCAGUUAUAAACUCGCAACCAUUAAAAGUACACCGUAUAUCUCACCUUCGAUAAGUCAGUAUGAAUCGUUUUACAGUUGGAGAACGUAUAUAGACCAUUUAAAGCAAAUGCUACAAAUUUCUGUAUUAACAGAUACAGAAGCAAAACCACCAUCAAAUUUCUUGAACUCAAAAGCGAAUCAUUUAUAUUAUAAAUCAAUAUCAAACAUGCUCUUGUCUCGUGGUAACAUCACUGAAAAUGAUAUGAUGACUUGCGAUGAUUUGCGGAGUAAAAAUUUAUACGUUAAUUGGAAUUCGUCUUCUGAUCAAUUGACUUACUUAAACCAAGAACGUAGACUUUUGAAUCAAGACAAAUUUUUAACGCUUGUUACAAAUAACUCACAAAUUCAUCAAACUCUAGACGGUAUAGUUGAUAAAGCUUGGAAUCUCUAUACUCAUUCUGCUUUUCUACAUCAAUACAAGAAAUUUGGUUUAGAAGAGGAUGAUUUUUUAGAAGCAUUUGCAAAGAUUGAAAAUGUAAUUAAAGAUUAUAAAAGUCUAUAAGCUUCCGUAAUAGUGAUCUUUCAGGAAAAUAUACCAGCAAUGAAUAUAUAUAU